UUCACGGCCCGUGCACUCAAAUGGGAAGCAGCUUCGGACGGUCCAAAAGCUGCUGAAGAGCUAAAUGCAAACUUGUUUUCCGAGCACAUGUUGAUGGAUAAUCGUUAACAUCGAACCGGUUUGCUCCGGUUAAUUUCUGCUGGGGAAGUUCGGGUGCUUGAUCCUUGUCGCGAUCAUCUUCGCUUUGCAUAUCGUCUCCAGAAUGAGUGGAAGUGGCUAUGAAGUCGUACCUCUGGAAGACUUCCAAUCUGUAUUUGGAGGAACGUUCACUGAAAUCUCCAGCGAAGCGUUGAAUAGUCAUGUCGUCUCUGUGUCGGACGAGUUCUUCGCUGCUGCUUCGCAGUUGCUUGAGGUUGGGCCAGCACUAAGUUUGAAAGGACAGUUCGGUCCCAAUGGUGCCCUUUACAGUGGGUGGGAAACAAGAAGGCACAACACUGCGCACGAUUGGUGCAUCAUCAAACUCGGGGUACCUUCCGGCUACAUUAUAGGGUUUGACAUUGAUACUAGCAACUUCAAUGGAAAUGAGGCACCUGCUGCCUCUGUUGGCGGUUUUUUUGCUGGGGCAGGAAGCACACCACCGAAGUGGGAUGAUCAGUGGGAUGAACUAUUGCCGCGAGUGAAGUUGGGACCGAACUCGCGCCAUCUUUUCAAAAUUCCCAAAACCAAAAGAGCGUAUACUCAUGUGAAGCUUAGUAUGUACCCGGACGGUGGCAUCGCACGGUUUAGGGUCUACGGAGUUGUGUCUCCAAUCUUUCCGGGCGACCGGUCCGCGACGAUAGACCUUGCGCAUGUAUACUCUGGCGGGUGUGUCGUCUCUGUGUCCGACCAACACUUCGGAAUUGGUCCCAAUUUGCUGCUACCUGGAAGAGGUAAGGAUAUGAGUGACGGCUGGGAAACUAAGCGCAGUCGCCUUCCGGACCAUAAUGAUUCGGCAAUAAUAAGAUUAGGCGCUUCCGGUUUUUUGGAACAAGUUGAAAUAGACACUGCCAAUUUUGUUGGCAACUUCCCCGAGAGUUGCGAAGUACAUGCUUUGAACUCACCAGACGUAAGCAUUUUUCCACCCGAUCUACCCAUUCCUUCUCAUGCAGAUCCCGCCUGGUCGUUGAUUCUUCCUCGUACAAAUCUUGGACCCAACCGUCGUCACUUCUUCCAAUUAGAUGGGCAACUCGAUUGUCCUUAUACGCAUGUGAAGGUUACCAUAUAUCCAGACGGAGGCAUUAAGCGCGUCCGUGUCAUUGGAAGGCGUUCCUUUGAUGAUUUAGCGAGCGAAAACAUACUCGGCUCUGUUGAAGGAGAGGAAAUCAAGGCUUUGCCAAAGCUCCCUGUCUUGUCAGAGGACACGGUCGAUAGUUCGCGCUUCACUAGACCUUCCAUCUUCCCUGCAGUGCCACUCACUCGCGAAGCCUUCGCGCGUUUCGGAGAUGUCAUUCAAGCUUGGGCGAACCCCAAUUCUGCUCCCAAAGGUAUACGUGUGACAUCAGCCAAUCAAGGCACCGCCUUCAAGUUCCACAAAUUGUCUGCGGCUCUUUCGUCCUAUCCAUCCGACGCAAACGCUGGUCCUCCCGGAAUUAGUGUAUUUCGGUGCACUCCGCCUCAUAAUUUACCAGAAGGCGCGAGAUCCUUCCCUGUGCGGAUUCUCGAGCGACACCCACUCACCAAUCAGGCUUUCAUACCUAUGGGGUACGGAACGAUCGCAGGUGCAGAGGACGAUGUUUUGCCCGAAGCGGGAAAAGCUUAUCUGGUCAUCGUCGCUUUGAACGGUUCUGACGAUAAACCGGAUCUCAAGACUCUCCGAGCUUUUAUAGCCAGCACCUCGCAAGGGGUUUCAUAUGGAGUAGGAAUAUGGCAUCAUCCCAUGAUUGCUCUUGAGAAACCCAUUGAUUUCGCGUGCGUCGAGACCCAGAUUGGAACUCCGGGGAGCAAACUAGACUGUGAAGUCGUGGAUGUUCAAGACGGCCCUCUUAUCCACAUUCCAAAUUUUUAGACUCAAUAUUUGCUUUUGGUUGUGCCUCGCCACAUUUCAAUAACUUUUGACUCAUCCCCCAGUCACGACAUGUACAAUGUGCGAAAAUCAAAUGACUGUCAAAUGGGGCGACCCACAUUUCGUUUCCCUGGAACCUCAAGGGAAGCCCAGACAAUGAGAUCUUGACCUCAUAUUAAUUCCUACCGAGAAGUUGUUCCUUCUACGGUACCAGAUCUUACUGUCUUCCAGUCACAGAUGGUCAUAUGAGAAUGGAGACGCCUUAAGCACCAGCCGGGUGGCGAUCUCGACAGUUUGUGAUGAUGAUAAUUUGGCACCGAUCGCUAGGCUGGCUGCACCGCCGGCACGAACUCUAACAUUGCUAUAUGUAG